AUUGGCACAGCAUGGCGACGACGGAGAAGAAAACGAAGGAAAAGAGGCCGCAGGGCAAGCAGACGUGGAGGAAGGUGACUAAGAAGAUCAAGAAGCCGGUGAAGAAACCGGUGCGAAAGGCUAAGCGCCAACGUGGCCGGUCGGCGACGAAGAAUGCGAAACCUUCGAAUGGCAAUCCAGACACGAUGCGAGGAGCAAGCCCCACGCUGAUAACUCAAGACGAAUACAGCCAGGUUCAGAGUAUGAAAGACAAGAACCCCAACGAUUCCCACAUCACAACCUUUUUUGGGACGUGCCAGGAAGGCCUGAGCUUGACGCGUUGUACGGAACGGUCCACGAAGAAGUCCUUUCUGUGCGUCACCACAUUGAACAAACUUGGUGACGACUGCACGAUCCACUACGUUCGCCCACGCGGUACCCGCGGCGAUACUACCACGUCCAAAUACUACUCGAUUGAGGUUGACGAGGCUCCUGGAGAACGUGGCUUGCUCGUUGAGGACAUCAACGUUCCAUUGCUUGUGGAUGAACUUCCUGCCAACACGAGCCUGAUUGACUUGCACGACCUCGACAAAGUGACGUUCACGGGCAAAGCCAUUCCGGUCGGCACCACCACCCUGCGCCUUGUUAACGUGAACCUGAAGGGAUACCCGAGUCGCAGCUUUGCCAACAUUACGUUACCAUUGUCCUUGCGUCGCAUCAACUUGAUGCGCAACAAAAUGACGACGUUUGCCCCGUCCGACUGGAAUGAAUCUGCCGUGGAGAGCCUGAAUGUUGCCAACAAUCUCCUCACAACCCUCGGCCCUGUUGUCUUUCCGUCAAAAGUCACCUCGCUGAACUUUCGCAGCAAUGACUUCACGGACUCUAGCUUUGCCGGGACAGUGUUUCCACAGUCGUUGACUUCCUUGCGUUUGGGCAAGAACAAGCUGCACCGCAUCGACAGCGUGCCCGUGGCAAAUCUGCCUCAACUGGACCUCUUAGAGCUGUCCGAGAACAAAGACAUCAAGACACUCGACGCCGCUGCCGCAAAGGCGUUGCCGCCCUCACUCGUUCAGUUGGACUUGUUCGACUGCAGUGUGACCACAAUUACGUCCGACUUUUCCCUCCCGCCGUCGCUGCAAGUGCUCGUCCUGUCUCGAAACAACAUCACGACGUUCCCCUCGGCGCUCGUGCUGUCGCCCAAGCUGACCCACCUCCACCUCUCCGAAAACCCCCUGAUGGACUUUAAGGUCAAUCAGGAUGGGUUCAAACGACUCCAGGCACUGGCGCACUUCUCCGCCGACACCCAAAACAUGGAGUGCGACCCUGGCACGGAAAAAAAACUUGUCGCGAAUACCUCGUACGUGUGUGUCGUCGGCAACCCGUCCACAUCUGUGUUGGAGAACACGUCAAGCGGCGACAGCUCUCUGUCGCCAAAUUUUGGAGCUGUUCAACUCGUGCUCGUUGUCGCUGGUGCGAUCGUGGGAGUCCUGGGCGUCGUGAUGGCGGUGUGCUUGCUCCGCCGCCGCCGACUCCUUCCACCAUCCUUUCAUGACCCCGACGACAAAUCCACUCCUUCUUCGUCGCAGCCAUACCAUGUUCGCCGCCUUGGCCCGCAGGAACAACAUCCAACCGAGUCUUCGCAUCAGUUGGUGAGCACGUUCGCUGGGUACUCGACCGAGGUGGCCACCACAAACAAAUCCUUUGCGGGCUACACAACCGUCGUUGCUUCGACCAACCCAUCUUUCGGUGGAUACACCGUCGACGAUGCACAUGCGACCAACAAGUCGUUUGGAGUGUACACGACCGACGUAACACCAACCAUUGUGUCGUUCCCGGGGGACACGGCCAUCUUGGCCAGCAGGCGGUCCGAUGCCAGUGCGAAGAGCAGCGUCAGCAGCAGUGCCAGCUGCUCCAGCAUCGAUAGCCACCUUGUCCACACCCCGACGUGGCUUGCAGGCAUGUCGACAUUGACCAAGCUCGUCAUUCCAGGCAAAUCAUUGACUGGGGUCCAUCCAUUUCUUACGAUGUACGCUGGGAUGUGGAGUGACCGCCCAGUUGUGCUUCAGCCUCUGCAAGCGAGCAACCCACCUGCGACUCUUCAGAUUUUAGCUUCGCUGUCCCAUCCGAAUAUUGUGUCGUUGUAUGGCAUCACGUGGUCCAACGACAUGGUUGUGUCGUGUGUUGUCGAGCGAUGCCCGCGCAACCUGCAAACGUUUCUCAGCAGCGACGAACGCAUCCCGCUCGCGACGAAAUUGGCCAUUGCCGCCGACGUCGCGACCGCCCUCCUGUUUCUGCAUUCGAUGCACGUCGUACAUGAUCGGCUUUCUGACACGCAAGUGUUUAUCAUGGACAACGGCACCGCCAAAGUGAAUUUCCCGCGGGUCACAGCGCCAUCGCGUUGGUCCACGGCGUCGGACACGGAAGAGGGGGGUGAAACCAAAGACUACGAUGUGUGGGCCGUGGAGGCUGCCCACCGACUGGUGUGGACCUCCCCGGAGCGACUCAGCAACGACGAAGACCUGGCGGGCGACAACGAAUCGCGGUGCAAGGCCGACGUAUACGCGCUCGGCAUCCUCAUCUCGACUUUGGAACGGCAAUCUCUGCCAGGAAAUGAGCAGCAACGGAGUGAACACGCCGUGGGGGUUGUGGCGGAGGCACUGCGGGGGGACACCAGCAGGAGACGGCGUAUGUCUGUCGUCGAGCACUGCCCAGACGUCGAGUGGUUCACACCACAAUGCCCUGCCCCAUUGCGCGCUUUAAUCACCAAAUGCCUGCACGUGUUCCCACCGGACCGGCCGACUUCAAUGGACGUGGCGUGUCAGCUUCGCGAGAUGGCUCGACAGGCAGCCGCGACCAAAUGAGAGGAUCACUGCCGUCCGAUGCAUAUACAAAUAUAAUUGUCAAAGGCAAUCGGUGUCGGGCGUCGAAACUCUUGUUGCCAGCAAAGCGAGUUACGCACUGCGGCAGGGAACUAGCGUUCUUGAAGCUGCAACCUUGCACGGCAUCGCGCCAGGCCACGCUGGGGUGGACGCGGGGCUUGUCGUCGACAGCACGCGGUGUGUUUGGAUCGAUCGAGCUAGGCUCGAGUUGAUCUGACUCAUAAGUAGAACAACUAUCGCUCUGUCCGGCGGUCACCGUGCUAUAACAGUGCACGACAACGCAAAUCAACCGAACAAUGCUUACUCGGAGCACGUGGCUGUUGUAGUGCCCAGUCGCCCAACCUAACUAGGACAACCGCAGCCCACUCGGCAAUGCGAUGAUGUUGCAUGAUUGCAAUCCCUUGACCAAUGGAUCAUGGAGCAGCGUCCGCAACACGAUAGGCUUCUCGUGAAUGGUCACACGAAGCCGUGGCGUUUGCCGCCCUCGACCGCGAUUCAGCGUCGACUCGGCGACUCUCCGUACGAUGUUUAUAGGAGUUCGAGAUGACCGGA